GGCGAGAUCAAGUCGCAGACGGAGGAAGGCAAGAAAAAGAGGGAGAUCUUGACAAACUAAUAAAACCCAUUAAAAUGUCGGGAAGGUCCGUGCGAGCGGAGACACGCAGCCGUGCAAAAGAUGAUAUCAAAAAAGUGAUGGCGGCAAUUGAAAGGGUCCGUCGGUGGGAAAAAAAGUGGGUUACAGUGGGAGAUACAUCAUUACGGAUAUUCAAAUGGGUCCCGGUUACAGAGACUAAACAGAUAUACAAGCCUAAAGUGUCAGGGACUGCAGUGAGGGAACUGAAGGGCUUUCCUACAGAUGUAGUGUUGGAAAACGCCCGCUCCGUGCUACUGGAUUUUCAGGAUGACAACAGUAACCAGAGUUUCCUAUCAGAUGUCUAUCAGUCUAAUACCAAAGUAGACAGCAGCAGCAACUCCAGUCCACAGCAUGUGAGUGAAGCAGUGAGUCCUUCCCAUGCAUCCUACUUCCGUACAGAGGAUUCCCAGCCGCCCACCCUGGGGCAGGAGACCAUGGAUGCAGAGAGAGAGGCAUCAACAACCAGCAGUGAGGUGACAGAUGAGCCCCCGACUCUAAUUAAAGAAGAUGUGUUGUCUCUCUCUACUCAGGAGGAAGAGGAGGUGAUUGGAGCCCCACCGCUUAAAAGAGUUUGCACUGAGCAAAAUUUAACUCUCAGUUAGCACCACUAUUCUGAACAUCGUAGGUCAAAAGUAUAGAAGUAUUUCUGAAAGAGACUAAACUGGACAUUUAAGAGACUUUUUGCAACCUGCCAAAUGCCUGAAAUUCAUUUUUACAGUAUAUGAUCUAGAAAAAAGCUUUUGAUUUUUUUUUUCUUUUCUUUUUUGUACAUUAAAAAGAUCAUCUUAGAUCUUGUCAGGUAUUUUCUUAUGAAGGUAAAGCAGUUUGUAUUGCAUCUUGAAAAUAAACUGUUAUAUUGCAUGUUUCUUGAUCUAAAUUGAGAAAGGACUUUGCCAGUAUAAUACAUGUGACUGCAUGGAGUAAUGAUUGGUAUAUACAGUAUACUAAACAGUUGAAUUUUAAAGUAUUAGCUUGUGUUGUGUUUGUGGCAUUUCUAAAGAUUAUAUAAAUAAGUUUUAUUGGCCUGUUUUAUUGUGUAAAAAAAAAAAAAAAUUCUUAAAUGCAUGCAUUUAGGGCAGUUUUAAAUAACAUCUGUGUUAUAUGUUUCUUGAUUUGUUUAUUAUUGUUCAAUGUACUGCAUCCAAUUACCAAACUUUUUAUUAAAAAAGAAGGAAUGCCUAUAUUUUAUAAAUGGUAAUGUCACUCACAGAUUUGUAUUUUAAAUAUGAACACUUCCACUUUCCAUAGUCUUUGAAGUAUUUUUCCAAAUAAUAAUAAAAAAUAUGUAUGUGUGUGUGUGUGAUUCAUGUAGUGUUGCCUGGUAAAAAUGUACCUGGACAUUUUCACUAGACAAAUGGAAAUAAAACCACUUUGGAUUUA